AUGACGGAUUUAGGUCGGCUUCAUCACUUUCUUGGAAUUAAAGUUGAUCAGUUUUCACAGGGCCUUUUCCUAUCUCAAGAACAGUACGCUAAAGAGAUUCUUGCUCGAGCUAACAUGUCGGCUUGUAAACCCUGCAACACACCUGUGGACCUCUCAUCCAAACUUAGCGCGUCUGAUGGACCGCCUGUUUCAGAUCCGACACUAUAUCGCAGCCUUGCGGGAGCCUUACAGUACCUAACAUUUACUCGUCCAGAUAUCUCAUAUGCAGUCCAUCAGGUUUGUUUGUUUAUGCACGAUCCGCGCGAGUCCCAUUUUGCCUUCAUGAAGCGGAUCAUACGGUAUAUACAGGGUACUCUUGAUUACGGGAUUCGCAUUGUUCGGUCUCGGUCUCAUGACUUGGUUGCCUACUCAGAUGCCGAUUGGGGCGGUUGUCCGGAUUCUAGACGCUCAACGAACGGUUAUUGUGUUUUCUUAGGAGAUAAUUUACUGUCGUGGUCCUCAAAGAGGCAACCCACAGUUUCGCGUUCUAGUGCUGAAGCUGAGUAUCGUGGGGUUGCUAAUGCGGUUGCUGAAGCCACUUGGUUACGUAAUCUAUUACUUGAGCUUCAUACUCCUUUGCACCGGGCCUUGAUCGUGUAUUGUGAUAAUGUUUCCGCCGUGUAUCUCUCGGAUAAUCCAGUGCAGCACCAGCGCACCAAACAUGUAGAGAUUGAUAUUCACUUUGUACGGGAGAAGGUUCGCAUCGGUCACAUUCGCGUUCUACAUGUUCCGUCUGCCUUGCAGUAUGCGUAUGCUGAUAUAUUCACAAAGGGGCUCUCCAAGCAGUUAUAUCAGUCAUUUCGUUCCAGUUUGAGCGUUGGACCUUCCCACGUUCAAACUGCGGGGGAGUCUUAG